UAAGAAACGGUUGAACUGGAUUCCAUUUUUAUCAUAGCUUAUGUAAGACUGCCUCUGUCCCUCCUCUCACAUGCCAUUGGUUAACCCACAGACAGUGUGUCCAGGGGCGCUGCCUGCUAAUUGCUCUUAUAGCCUGUGAGGGAGGAAGAAAGAAACAUUUGCCAGUCAGGCCAGUGACAGAAAUGGAUUCGAAACAUCAGUGUGUGAAGCUGAAUGAUGGUCACUUCAUGCCCGUCCUGGGAUUUGGCACCUAUGCACCUGCAGAGGUUCCUAAAAAUAAAGCUCUAGAGGCCACCAAAUUGGCAAUAGAAGCUGGGUUCCGCCAUAUUGAUUCUGCUCAUUUAUACAAUAAUGAGGAGCAGGUUGGACUGGCCAUCCGAAGCAAGAUUGCAGAUGGCACUGUGAAGAGAGAAGACAUAUUCUACACUUCAAAGCUUUGGUGCAAUUCCCAUCGACCAGAGUUGGUCCGACCAGCCUUGGAAAGGUCACUGAAAAAUCUUCAAUUAGACUAUGUUGACCUCUAUCUUAUUCAUUUUCCAGUGUCUGUAAAGGAGGACAUAGGGAUUAUAACAUGGAAGAAGAGCCCUAAACAUAACUCCUAAUUCCCUUUCUAUUGAAUACAUUUUGAAUCCGUACUUCUGUGAUGCAUGUCUACAAGAAAAGAGAGUGCAGAAUCCUCAAAGCCUCUGCCUCAAAAACUUGAGGAAGUGACAAUCAUCUCCUUGAAGGCACAAGGUCUUAGUUAUGACUCCUGAGUUCACCUCUUGGAAUGUUUACAGACACAGAGUUUCAUGAAGUUGUGGUGUCCAGAAAAGCUGCUGCACAUAGGGUGAACAAUGAGUUUCCAUCUUCUUGCCUCUUUUCAAGGGGCAAGAACUCAGUCCGGUGUGUCUUAAACUGCAAACUUUCAUGGGAAACCUUGUGGCUUCUGCUUCCUCUUUUUUCACACUGGAGUUUUUAUUUUUGCUUAGCCAUGAAUUCUUGUGUCAUUCAUAACUUUUGUUUUAAGGUUACAGAAAACUACUCAGACUAGUUAAUGCAAGGGUGUAUUAGAUAUAAAAAUGGGAAGUCAAAGCCAUGGCUACAUUAAGAA